GGCGCCGCAUAGCUUGGCUUUGCACAGCUAGCAUCAUCCUGCGAGAGAGCUGCCUCCGGACAUGGGCGAUGUGGUUGUUGCAAUCGCUCUGCCGCCCGCCCCUUCUGGGUUCCCGGUGCGCGCGAGGGAUUCGGCCCGCCUGCGGCUUUUGCAGCUGGAAGGGCAGGCCCGCAAAGCCUGAGCCGCUUCUGCAAAGAGAUCGCCGCUCCCGGUGCAUGACUGGAUCUUCUCGAGACGCUUCCUAUAAACACAUGGAAAAUGGAGGACGGAAGAAGACAGUUAUCUGCAUCGAGGGGAAUAUUGCAAGCGGGAAGACAACAUGCCUGGAUUAUUUUGCCAAAAAUACCAGCAUUGAGGUGUUGACUGAACCAGUAUCUAAAUGGAGGGACGUUCGUGGUCAUAACCCUCUGGGCUUAAUGUACCAAGACGCAUCCCGCUGGGGGAUAACGUUACAGACUUACGUGCAGCUGACUAUGUUGGACCAGCAUAUAAAGCCAAUGAUUUCACCCAUUAGAAUGAUGGAGAGGUCAAUCCACAGCGCCAAAUACAUUUUUGUAGAAAACCUUUACCGAAGUGGGAGAAUGCCGGAGGUGGAUUAUGCGGUAUUGACAGAAUGGUUUGAGUGGAUCAUAAAGAACAUGGAUGUUUCAGUUGAUCUGAUAGUUUAUCUACAGACCUCUCCUGAGACAUGUUAUGAGAGACUGAAGAGAAGGUGCAGGGAAGAGGAAAAGGUUAUUCCUAUGGAAUAUUUAGCAGCUAUUCACCAGCUCUAUGAAGAGUGGCUCAUUAAACAAACAAUCUUCAAAGUUCCUUCCCCGGUUCUUGUGCUUCAGGCUGACCACGACCUACGGGAUAUGAUGGAAAAAUACGAAGAGAAUCAGGACCGAAUAUUAACCCUUUGCACCAGGCAGCAUUGUGUAUAGAAACAGAUUUCCCUUAAUGUACAGUGCUUGCUUGUAGAAACUAGUUCUAAGGAGGAGACCUGGGG